AUGAUUAAUACCUCUUAUCUGAAUUGAUCAGACAUUUGCCUCUGAAUAGUUAAGCAAUAUACUAGCUCUUAAUGGUUCAGACCUCUUACUGGUUCAGCACUUAAUGGUUCAGACCUCUUACUGGUUCAGCACUUACCAAUUCAGAAGUUACCAAACAGCCCCUUAGACUUAUUGAUUUAUCAGUUUCACUAACCUAGGUUGCAUAUCUUAUUUCUCUACAAUUGGUUUCUUCUCUUUCUCUUCUUCUUAUGGAGCCUCUAGUCAAAAACAAGUACCGGCUCGGACGGAAAAUCGGCAGUGGAUCGUUCGGAGAGAUCUUCACCGCCACUGAUUUGCAGACGAACGAGGAAGUGGCAAUUAAGCUUGAAAAUGUCCAAGCAAGUCACCCACAAUUACUGUAUGAGUCAAAGAUAUACCGGAUUUUACAAGGAGGAACUGGAAUUGCAAAUGUGAGAUGGUUUGGAGUGGAAAGGGAGUACAAUGUUAUGGUUAUGGAUUUGCUUGGCCCUACUCUUGAAGAUCUAUUCAACUUCUGCAGUAUGAAGUUUUCCCUGAAAACUGUUCUCAUGCUUGCGGAUCAAAUGAUCAAUCGCAUUGAGUUUAUACACAGCAGAUCAUUUUUGCAUCGAGAUAUCAAGCCAGAAAAUUUUCUCAUGGGAAUAGGGGGGCACUCAAAUCAGGUCUAUGUAAUUGACCUUGGUUUGGCAAAGAAGUAUCGAGACACUUCAACUCACCAACAUGUUUCUUAUAGAGAUAAAAAGAAAUUGACAGGAACAGCAAGAUACGCAAGCAUUAAUACUCACCUUGGUCGUGAACAAAGCAGGAGGGAUGAUUUGGAGUCUCUUGGAUAUGUUUUCCUGUAUUUCCUAAGAGGAAGUCUUCCCUGGCAGGGAAUAAAGGCAGGGAAUAAGAGAGGAAAGUAUGCAAGAAUUAGUGGAAUGAAGAUGUCCAUAUCUAUUGAGGCCUUAUGCCGUGGGCACCCUACGGAGUUUGCUUCAUAUCUUCAUUACUGUCGCUCACUGCGCUUUGAAGACAAACCUGAUUAUGCUUAUCUGAGGAGACAUUUCCGUGAUCUCUUUACCCGCCAAGGCUUUGAGUAUGACUAUGUUUUUGAUUGGACUAUUUUGAAAUACCAGCAAACGGAGAUGGAAGCUCCUCCUCGUAGAUCUCUUACUCAUGGUUCUGGAACUGGCACAUGGACACCCCCUCCCACGAGCAUCCCCAAUGUGGAACGGCAGUCUGGUCAAGAAGGGAGAAGGCCAUCAAACUAUUCCCAAACCAGAAAUUAUGGGCCACCUGUGUGAAUGGAGAGUGUGUUCACUUUGGGGAGGUGUUUUGAGGGUACAAAGAAACCUCAAGCAGAUAAAGAAGCUCUCCAUUUUCCCUGGUAUCUUCACCAUAGCUUUUCUUUGUACUUUCAACUUUGAACAUGAUAUUCACUUCCCCAUAAUGUAAAUUCUCUUUUGUAACUGUAAUGGUAUAUAAAACAUAUACUUAUCCCAUAUAUAAUUUGACUUGGGAAUGGGUUAUAAGAUGCUUUGUUUCCCUAGACUAGGGAAUGGGUUU